GUGUCCUCAAAAACGGUUGCGCGUUUUGGGGGGAUAAACCCGUGCUACAGCCGUGGCCUUUGCUCUAAAGCUUGAAAUCCAUCAAACUUGACUUCACCCGAAGAGGUCGUCUCGUUCAUUUUUGCCAAAUGUCGCCCUAAAGCGGCGGCGUUUCCAGCUCAAAUUGGACGUAGAGGGUGCACCUUUGCGCAGAGGACUGGUUUAACGCUGAGAGGCUCCUCUGGGUGCACAAAGACAGCGGCUCGCAGACGAACUUGUUCAGAGUGAGCCGGGGACGCUGGGAGGAAAUAAACAAUCUCCGGACUCGAAGUAGCUACGGCCGCUCAGCUUUUUACCCCUUCAAACACGCGAUCCCACCACCCGUCCAACGAAUACAAGGUCACAGGUGUGUGCCGGUAGUGAACGCGUGGUGCCGCAGGCCAGUCUUGGCAGCAUGGUGAAGGCCCAGAAGUCAACUGGGAGGAAGAGCUCUCACUGUCACCGCAGACAGGUCCCACAGAGUGGCGGUCAGGCCGAGAUGGAGGAAGGCCAGGCCCAGUCGGACACACAGCAUCCACCACAGGAGGAGGCCCCCCGGGAAGGAGACCAGCCCUCUGAUCCGGCCCAGCUCCAGACCCCUGCUUCAGCCGAGGCGCCGUCAGACAACUUGGACCAAGAGGAAACUCCAAAAGACGGACAGGAAACUGGCGACUCAGCCUCCAACUCCCAGGCCAAGCUUCUGUGGAAGCCCAUUCCCCCUCUGCUGCCCGAAACCCAAACUGGGACCAGGGAUCAGAGCUGCCAGACCGAGGAGCGGCUUCAGCAGACCAGCGCCGACAGCCACGGUCAUAACACAGGUGUCUGCGUGGAGCCCGGAGACCCUCCUCUGCUCCAGCAGCCUCUGCAGACCUCCAAGUCUGGGAUUCAGCAGAUCAUCGAAUGCUUCCGUUCAGGCACCAGCCAGCUGAAGCACAUGCUGCUGCGGGAGGUGGACACGAUCUUUGAGUGUAAACUGUGCCGCAGUCUGUUCAGAGGCCUGCCCAACCUCAUCACACAUAAAGAAUACUACUGCCUAUCCCGGCUGCCCGAACCCGACGGCUCGUCGGGUGACGACAGACAGAGCGUAGCCAUGAAAGAUUUACUGGAUGCCAUAUAUCCCAAAGUCGAUCGGCCAGACUACGUUGUCCGACUUGAGCCCAUUCAGACCACUACCAAAGCCGUGUUCCAGUACCUCACCACCGAGGAGGAGCUGGCUAGAUAUCCAUCGCACACACCCAGCGCCAGAGAGAGUCCCGUAGCAUGGGAAGGAGAAGCAAUGGAGGGUGUGGACAACACCCAGCCAAGCCAGCCAGGCGGGCCAGAGAGCCACAGCAGCCCGGGACCCAAUCAGGGACAGAAGAGAUGGGAGGCCGAGGAGGUGGCGAAAGACGAGCAGCCACAGCACGAAGACGAAGGGUCCACUAGUGGGGUCGAGGAUGUGACGAUCUCCUGUUGUCUGUGCGGUCAGGACUUUAACUCACGCCGCAGCAUCAGGCGUCACUGCCGCAAAAUGCACCAGACAAAGCUGGAAGAGCUCCGGAAGUUCACAGAGACACGCACAGUUCCCACAAGUCUGCUCUCUAUGGUGAAAGGUCGCCCAAGGACUCUCAGCACCCCUACUGGAAAAUCCUGCCCAGUGUGCCUCAAAACCUUUGCCACUAAAGCCAACGUACGCCGUCAUUUCGACGAGGUGCACCGCGGCCUGCGCAGGGACACCAUCACACCCAGCAUCGCCUCGCGGCCCGGCCAGCCCUUCUCUCUGGAGGUCACACCGCCCAGGAAGAGCAACAACUCCUCUCCGACACGUGGCCAGACCUCCAAGACCACCCACACGAACUCUAAAACGACGCCUUCAAACCAAAACCAGCCCAAACCUCAGAGUCCGCUCCCAGCCUCUCCACAGGCGAACCCGGCCUCGUGUCGCUGCACGCUCUGCAAGAGGAACUACAGCUCUCAGCUCAUGUUGAAGAGACAUAUGCGUAUUGUGCAUAAAAUAUAUAGCAUCAAAAGCAACAGGCCUGCUGCCACGCCGACCCCACCUACUCCAGCACCCACUCCCAGUAACAGUAGCAGCACGAACUUGGGCUCAAGCAACAAUAUACGAGUGAAAGAGGAAGCGGUAGAACCUUCAGAUGAAGACGAAGAGGAGGAAAUUGACAGCAGUCCAGCCCCGUCUCCUAGUGACAGCACCGGGACAGCUAAAGGCGUCCCUGUGCCACACAACGCCCCAAAGGUGAAGGAGGAGGAGCCGCCGUCGAGCCCGAAGAUGACAUCGCCGCUGUCUUCAUCGUCCUCACGUGGGAGCAACACGUGCAAUGUUGGCGCGCCGGCCAAAAUGACCAAACUGUCGGUGGGUUUUGAUUUUAAGCAGCUUUUCUGCAAACUCUGCAAGCGGCAGUUCAGCUCGCGUCAGAACCUGACGAAGCACAUCGAGCUGCACACCGACGGCAACGACAUCUUCAUCAAGUUCUACCGCUGCCCCCUCUGUCGCUACGAGUCGCGCCGCAAGCGCGACGUCCUGCGCCACGUGACUGUGGUUCACAAGAAGUCAUCCGCAUACCUCGCCAAGAUCAUGCCCAAACUGGAGAGCCGGGCGGUGAAGAGGCUAGCCGAGGCUGUCCUCAACAGCACCAACCCGACCAAGAGGACCAGCAGCAACGUCAAAGAGGAAGUGAACGGGCGCCACGCUUUUUCGUCGUCCUCCUCCUCCCCUUCACCGCCCGUCACUCGCAAGCAAGAGUGCUCCACAGCUCCCCCAGUCGCCACUUCAGCCUCCUCCACCUCCUCUUCCUCCUCCUCCUCCUCCUCCUCUUCCUCCGCCCCACCUCCUGCCCCCAUCACCCGGAAGCAGCAGGACGCCUCAUCGCCAGCGUUCACGCCAUCCCCUCCCGUCACCCGAAAGCAGGAGAGGCAGCAGACCCACCAGCACCGGCCCAUCAGCCCCCCACUGACCCGCCGCAGUGAAAAACACACACACCAACGCAACUCCUCCUCCACCACCACCACCACCACCUCCUCCUCCUCACCCAGCAACCAAACACCACACACCCGGCGGCACGACCCCCAGACGGAGGGCAGCGGUACAGGGUCGUCCUCCACUGAAGUCAGAGUGACCAAGAAUUUCUCCCUCCACGCCUGCGACCAGUGCGGACGGGCCUUUGCCAAGAAGCUGUACCUGGAGUCCCAUAAGCGAAGUCAUCGCAACGCAGCGACGGCGGCGGCCAGCAGGCGGAAAGGAGUCAGCACCCGCUCCAAAUCCCUGGCCUGGUGAAACACACACACACUUCUGCCGGGGAUAUCGGACGAGUGAGCCGCUUACAGUGAAGAAGCGAAUCAAAACUUUGAAUCUGAGAAAUAGUGGACGAAUGGAAAGGAGCGCAGAUCGGAGAUGAAGGAAGCAAACAAAGUGAAGCACGAUAGAGGAGUGAAAGGAUUUCCACCUUUUGCUUUAGAACCAAAUAUAUUGUUGGAACCUGACAUUAUUUGUGUUGUAUAGUUUCAUUAUGAAGCCAGCCAGCUUGCUGGACGGUGGCGCUGCUAUCAACGGAGGGAGAGACCGUGGUGAAUAUGAGAUUCAUCACGACUGUAUGUAGAUACAGAUCCAUAUACAGGUGACUGAUGUGUACCGCUUUGUUCUCGGUGAACCGCCUUUAGCAAAAGGUCGAAGGUCAACUAUGGAAGUGUGAGUGAGAGAGAGAGAGAGUGUGUGUGUGUGUGUGUGUGUGUGUGUGUGUUUGUAAAGACGGAGGGAGGGCGUAAACUGGAUUGUGGCCUCCACAGAAACUAGACUGGAAACAAACUGUUGAUUUUUUUUUUUUUUUUUUGAAAGCAGAAGCUGAUUUAACCCUUGCCGUCCCCACACAGUGGGGUCCUUGGCUGUUACCAUUUUCAAAUCAUCAUCAACAUUUAAAUCAGCAACUUUUCUAUAUGUUCACGCCGUACAGAGCGAGUCGAGGGUGUUGAAUUUUACUUUCCCCUUCCUACAUUUGCACCUGGAGCACUUGUGUCCUGGUACCUAACAGAGAGAAUCUGCAGAGAACCCUGCGACUGAGACAUGACAUCAGUCUUCUCAUGUGAAACUGAGAGAAGCAAACGGAAAUCCAGUUGUAUUAUUCUUCACGUAAGUUAGCCAGAGUCUGAUUUGCAGUGACCGACCAGCAGCUGGAUUAUAAUUAUAUAGUAUAAUAGAGGAUGAAUAAUUACACGUGUGGUCAAAGUAAAGGAAAACCCAAAGUAUAUUUUGCAGUUUUUUCCUUGAGAGUGUGUGCACGCUUAUUUUAAAAACCUCCUCUAAUCAAUUUCCUCUGUUAGUUUUGUUUUGUGCUUUUGUUGGACUGCGUGUGAAAAAUACAUGUGAAGGGUAUUUCCUUUACUUUGACUAUAACCCUGUUUUACCUCUACAUCAGCCAGCUUAUAACCCCAGCACUACUGUGAUGUCUUAAAACCAAUAAGACAUCAGUCUGUGACCUGAGCGAGUUAAAAGUGUAACAGAUACACUCACAAGAUAACACAAACAAUCCAUUAAAUGUCACUAAUUAUGACGAAUAACAGAUAUUAAAUCACACCUACUUUCCUUGUUCAUUUUUACCAAAUUUGGAUUCUUUUACAAUACAACAGCUGCGUCUGUUAACUCUAAUGUGUACUGCCACAGGCAAGCCUGUCAAAUUAACACCAUUAUUUUGUUAAUGUGUGAGAAUCCAGUUCACAGUGAGCAGGAAAGAUACGACUACAGGUGUUAUGAAGUACUAAAGUGUGUUUGAAUGCAUUGUUUUGAAGCUUUUGGUGUUACAGUAACAGCCAUAUUGCUUAAGAUAUUACAAACCAUUAACUGGAAGACUUUAUUUUCUAUGCUCGUUGAAAUAUCGUUGACCGUUCACCGUCACUGCGCAAAAGUUGACCGUAGCGAUAAAUGUCCGUUCAGAAACCGUGUUACUGAACUGCACAUCCCACUUAUUGCUUUCAUUCUUCAGAAAUCAGUCCUCAAACACAGACUGACUAUAGUGCAGCAUCCCAGCACUCUGUGAUUUAUUGCAAAGCAGGUAUAGUGCCUAAACAGCAGGUGUCACAGGUUUUUCAAUUUGACACCUGCUGUUUGGGGAGCUACGGUUUGUGAUGCUAAUCCUGAUUCUAACAGGCCGAAAUGUGGGAGCUGUAAACAUGAAAACGCAUCCUGGUAAGAUGAACAGCUCAGUCCUGCGAGUUUAAAAGUUUACAUUAAACUUUUUGUUCCGCUAAAAAAAACAGCAAAAGUUCAUUCAAAUAAGAACUCUGUGAAUUUUACUUUUUAAUCUCCAUUUUUUUCUGGGAUUAAAUGCUGCAUCUGUUCCAUUCAAAAUGUGCUUUCAUGUACUCAAACUUAAAGGGGGGCUGCGUUAGUUUUAACGGCAGCAACAUUACCCAGAGGUAGUCUUUGAAACACUGGCACAUGAGCUGUGAGGGAAGGAUUGAGGAAAGACCAAAUGUAGAUAUGUCUUAAUGUUCAAACAGAAAGCCAUGAAAUGGAACAAAACCAGAAAAAGGAGGAAAGACCAAACUUUAUUUUUAUAACUGAAAGCGCUACUGCUACAAGGUCUUGAAAACAUGUAUAUAUGGAUUCAUCCUACACGGAUGGUAUAAAUAAUAGUUAUAAUAGUCACAAUAGUUAUUGACUUGUACUUAACUGUUGGUUGACCAUAUGCUUCAAACAUGUCUAACUAGUUACUACUGUCACUGUUUAAUACUGAGGCAAGUUUGUGUUGUUCCACGAUUAGUUGUCCUUUUUUUUUUUGCAUCUCAUUCCUUUUUGAAGGAGGUUUUUGUUGGAUUGUGACAAGAAGAGAACAGUAAUCAAACCUCAAGAGACUCUUAGGACUUUUUUUUUUCUUUUUUUUUUAAGCUUGUCAUUAUUUUUCAUCAUCAGUUGUAAUAUGUUAAGCUCACCUCCUAGAGAACCCUGAAAAAGAAUUAGAGAAGCAUUUCAAAUGUGACGAGGAUGUUAAAACCAACCACUUAAUAAAUAAAAAUGUACUGCUUCAAACCUCA